AGCCCACGUCAGUGACAAGCCCUGGACACGGUCAUCAAUUUUGAUGGAUGACCGCAGAAAACAACGAUUUCGUGUUUUAUCACCCCUACAGACAGCGAGCAUUGAAUCUCUGUAUCAUUGUUAUAUUUGUGAACACAUACUGUUGUGUGUUAUCAAAUUCUCAUGGGGAAUUGUACGAAAUAUGAAAACAAAACGGACCACACGUGCAAAGUGGUGGAUUGUGACGGGGAGGUUUCGCAGUGGAGCUCUGAUGACCUGAAAAAGUACUGUGUCCUCAAGGACGCCUCGCACAUUUCCUGUCUGGAAGUGACCUUGCUGUAUCGCGUCAUGGCCUGCAAUGUACCCGGAUCAUACGGGUACUCCAACGAAAUUUUCCCGGCGUCGAUCUGGGUGCGCAAUGAUUGUUACGCACAGUUCAAAGUUUGCUUCACCACAGGUGAUAUGAAAAAGCUAAGUAGUGAUCUGACUAACCCCUGGUUUAAUAUCCUCUUUGACAACAAAAACGCAACAGGAAACCUGUACGGAAGCAUAAACCAGAACACAUUAGCACCCUAUAAUAAAUUCUCAAAGAUUCACUACUCCACGAAAUUCCCCCUGAUUCCCAGACCACCAAGACAAAACCCUUGGAGAACCUACGGCAAGCGAAAGCCAUCAAGUUCUGAAAAAAUUGACACUGACGAGAAAGACAGUGAAAGGGUUGUUACUAAUUCACUGGAAACAACAUCAGUCAAACCUGAUCAGGCAAGCACAACGACCUUAAUCACCACGACCAAGAUUGCAAACGCACAAUCAAAUAUCACCACGACCAAGAAGACAAACGCACAAUCAAAUAUCACCACGACCAAGAAGACAAACGCACAGACAAAUAUCACCACGACCAAGAAGACAAACGCACAAUCAAAUAUCAUCACGACCAAGAAGACACAAAUCCAUUCGAACAUCAACACGACCAGACCGUCUUUUACAUCAACCGAAAAAAUGACUACCACUGACCGAACACUAAAUAAAACGACGAAGGAGAAGAAUCUGUAUUUCACGAACAGCGGAGUGAUACAUGCAGGUGAAAUUGACAUCGACGUCAAUGGGAAAAUCAAGCACCACCAUUUGUCAAACGACACGCUAGACGAAUUCGAAAUCAGUACUUCCGGAAAUGGUUCUCCUCUGUCGGGAUCGGAGUUCCUGUUUGGUGCCGUUUUUGGAUUAGCAUUACUAGUGCUUCUUCUCAUUGGGUUACUCCUCUUUUUAUGUAGAACUAAACUCAAAAGAUGCAUGCAUGGGAAACAAGAGACCACAGGACCCCCGGAGCAUACCAGGGACAUCGCCUUUAUCGGUGGACCAGUUAUGACACAGUAUCCAGCAUAUAGAGCGGAUACUAACGGAGAAACACGAAGUAGCGGUCAGGCCACCACCAAUCCUAAUUACCAGUUAUAUCAGGAAAACCUCGGGUUUGAUGAACCUCUGAGAAAUACCCAGUACUUCAUUCUGGAACCGAAUGACCGAUCAAACAGUGAUCGCGUUCGACGAGAGUCACAUAAUGUUACCGCGGAGGAAGAUGAAGGCUCUCACAAAUAUUUUGUGCUGGAAACUUUUAACACCGGGCUAUCUUGUCCCAGAGACAAGGACGACUAUGACAAUGCUGUCCCACACCCGUGUGUAGGCAUGUUUUGUGCGAGUAAUGACGAACGCUCCCAAGAACUGCAAUCACGUGACAGGGAUUCCACGAGAAUUCCGGGAUAUUGUAGAAUUGGAGAUACUAAAAGACACGGUCGUCAACAACGAGUGUCUCAGGUUUAG